UCCAUUUGGCACAGUGUGUGAGAUUCAGCUGGUGGCAGUCUCUCUCGUCGCCUCAUUUUGCACCCAGGCGCAACCCUCUUGCGUGGAGAUGGGGCUGAAUUCUUCGAUUGUGAGCUGCUGGUGAUUGUCUCUCUGUUACUCUCAUUUAUGUAUCUUCGGAUCCUUGCGGAUUGAUGAUUUCCGUUUGAAGGAGAUCACCGAGGUGCUCACAAUGGCAUUCAUCCAGAAAUGCUGGGCAUCCGAGGCGAUUUCUGUGAGCAACUUUCAGCUCCCGUCUUUACGGUUUUGCAACCAUUCUCGUCACCAACAGGUUCAUCUCAGCCGUAUCCAAAGAAGACCAUUGCAAACAAGAUGCUCAGCUCAGGAGGAUUUCUCGACUUUGAGAGAGAAGCUGAAUUGGAAAAACAAGGAGUUGAAAUUGCCAUUUCAACCCAGAGAGAGCGACGCUAAUACAGAUGUGGAUUCGGUGCUGGGAGAUGCAAGCUCUGGAAAAGCGAAGAAAACCGCAGGUUCUACAAAAGGAAACUCCGGUGGCAACACUUUGUCAAAUGCUUUAGAGGACGCAAAGAGAAAGCUGGAAGAGCAGGGACCAGGCAAUCUCGCAUUAUAUGGAGGUUCAGCCACUCUUGCUGUUCUUCUCUCCGCUGCUGUGCUCAAUUCCUUAGACAAGUAUCCUUUGAUUCCAGAGGCCAUGCAAAUAGUUGGCCUGGCAUGCUCGGUGUUAGUUGCCAGUCGUGUAGUUCGAGGGGAACAAGAGAAACUCAAAGUGUCGCCUGUCAAGGCUGUGAUAGCUAUCGUGGACAUAGGGACGAAGGGAAAAGUUCAGCAAACAAGCCUCGUGCUGCCACCGGAUUUGGACGAGGGGACUGUCGCUGCCAUGGAACGGCUAGCGCGGGAGCGUGACAUGGCUGUUAACCAAGUGGAGGAGUUAAAGCGGCAGACAUCUCAGUACACUCAAGCCCUUGCUGAGAAAGAAGCACUCGAAACUGUGGCAUUGCAGCUCGCAGAGGAGAGAGAGACUGCCAUGUCGGAGGUGAAUGCCUUGAAAUCGACAGUGGAGUUGAUGAGUGACAGAAUGAAGGGCAUAGAGGAGAUGCUCGAGCGAGAGGUUGGUUUGCUUAAGUCCCAGAACCAGGCUCUAGAAACAGUGGCACUGCAAUUAGCACAGGAGCGAGACGUUGCCAUUCGGGAGGCGGAAAACUUGAAAGCGAGCUCAGACGCGGAGAAAAAAGCCCUUGAGGAAGUCGCAAUGCAACUAGCACAAGAAAGAGACAGUGCACUAGCGGAGCUUGAAACCCUGAUGGAUAUGGUUGCUAGUAUGCGAACCCGCGCCUCCUGACUCCAUCCUCAAAAUUCUUUUUGCGUGCAAAACCCUUUCAGACGUCGGAGAACAAUCGCAGGAUGCCAGUGCACCACCCCAAUGUAACACACAAGACAGUCCGUCUCGUUCGUUGCUCAUAAUUCUGAGGGACAGCCGCUAGCUUUCGGUCCCUGAGCACCACACCCAUUCUCACAAAUCCACAGGUUUUGAAAUAUUGUUUACUACUACAUCAAUCCUCCAACUUUCUGUUCGACAGGAGCAUUGCCUCACGAGUCCUGGAGACAGAUAUCUGGGUACCCAAGUCGAGGACAACUUUCGAUCAGCAUUCAUCAUCGUUGCAAUGUUUCCCUUCUAUGUGCAGUAAACGGGGUAUAUGUAGUGGUGAAGUUCCUUUAUGAUAGGUCCAACACCAAGUUUCGAAGAUCCAACAGGAAGCUCAACAGGACAACUCGUUUGAGUUGUAUCUGACCUUGAGCUUUGUACAUUAUGGCCACCAGCAGUGGUGUGUGACUAUCCUUCGAGCACUACCUCGAAGAGUCUGUUGCAAGGGCUUUGGUGUGCAGAAUGUUGUCCUACAAGUAUGGCUUUUCCACUUGUGUAUUAAUACCAUCAAAACUCCUUUUUCUGUUCCA